AUGUUUGAAAGAAUUUUUCGAAAAGCUUUAAUUAUCUGGAAGUCACAAGGUGGAGGAGACAAUAGUGCGCGAGAAUUAAUUGCACAAAUACAUAAUUAUGAUCUUCAAAAUUCUCCAUAUCAUUCCGUUUUUCAAGACCAUAUUGAACUUCCAGAAACCUGGUGGGCCGCGAUUAAACUACCAAACCACCAUCUUCAAAAACUUGCUUUAUUACUUCUCGCAAUUACUCCUCAUAGUGCAGGGUGUGAGCGUAUUUUUUCAGUAUUGAAUUGGUUUACUCAAAAACGUCGAAAUAGAUUGACCGUAAAAAAAGUUUCAAAUAUGGCCAAAUUACAUGCAUAUUAUGUCACAAAUGCACGCCAUGAACUUAAUUAUGUUGGACAAAAUCUUCCAGAAAAUAAUUUUUUAAAAAUGAUACAGGAUUACACUCAUUCGCUUACUUUAGGUUCUGCCAUGUUUGAAGAAGAUAUUCAACUAUAUGAUUCCGAUGAUGAUUUUGAGGAUAAUUAUGAAGAUUCUACUAAUGAUGACUUAUCCGAAGUUGACUUAUCCAAAGUUGAUUCUAAUAUGUUAAAUAUUGAAAAUAGUAUUAAUUUGGCUUAUGCUUUGAAUAAUACAAAUCAAUCUACAAUUCUAGAUGAAAUUAUUGAUCAUGGUGAAACCGAUUUUGAUAUUGACGCACUCACUAGUCAAGGAAUGCAAAUGCGAAAUGCAUUAGUAGACAAAGAAAGCGAAGAUUUUAGUAAUGGUAGGGUUAAUUAA